UUCCCAAUCCACUGGAAGGGACAGCAUAAAUAAAAAAACACGCGGGAAAACCUAAGCUUCUAGGUUUUCAUCACCAUCAAUGGCGCCGACGAAGCGUAAGAGUGACGACAAGCCAGAAACCGCUUCCGAGAACAACAAACCGACGAGAGUCACUCGAAGCUCUACGCGCCAAGCCACACAAGCGACCACGAAGCCGGUGGCUGAGCCCCCGGCGCCGAAGGCCAAAAAGGCUAAGCACAGCUCCAAACAGAAGCCGGAACCAAAACCUAAAACAACUGAAGCACCAGCGGCGAACGGCGGAGAUGGUUCCAAAACGAUCGUGAUUGAGCACUGCACACAAUGCAAGCAAUUUAAAAUAAGGGCUGUUAAGGUGAAGGAUGAUUUAGAGAGUGCUGUAUCUGGCAUUAAUGUGCUUGUCAACCCAGAAAAGCCAAGAAGAGGAUGCUUUGAAGUGCGUGAAGAAGGCGGGAAGAAGUUUGUCAGUCUUCUGGAUAUGAAACGACCAUUUGGACCGAUGAAGGCGUUGGACAUGGAUGCUGUCAUAUCUGACAUCAUUGACCAGAUCAAAUGAUCUAACAAGUCAACCAUGCAUGUAUCCUGUAUGAUCUGUUGUAGCUGCAACUAAUGGGUCUAUUUUGAUCUAUGUUUUUUUGGGAAACAAGGAAACCUUCUUUUGUAACCAAUUGGGAGUGUCUUCUAGGUGUAAUCAAUGCUUGUUAGCCACUGUGAUUACCUUGUGUUGUAAGUUUCUACAAAUUGGAUUGCUGCAGUUGAAAUUUGUGUCUUGUGAUGCCAGAACUUUUCUUCUUUUGUUUUA